UGUAAAUUUUAACAAUUUCAACAACACACACAAUCGCGGGAGUGAUUGCUUGGUUUUUCGCAUUCGAGGUGAAAAUAAAAAAUCUGCAGCGGACAGUCAAAACGACGAAUUCCUCUUGCAAACCUGUCAGAUGCGGUCAAAGUUGUCCCUUAUAGAUUUACGUUCUUUGCACCUUUAGAAUGCGCACAAUCUAUUUCUCCACCCCAAUGCUCAGUUCAUCACUCAGCAAAUGCAACCAUGUGCUAACAGAACAGCUGUCUACAACUUUUAUUUCUCAUCAUCCAAUAAUAAAAGUAAACAAAAUUUUUUUUGGAGCAGACACAGAAUUGUCUAUAAAAUCGGCGAAUUAGUUAAUAAUGACUACAGCUCUAGAAUUAGUUCCAACACUUCAUAAACCAUUACAUUCCAAGGUAUCGAAUUAUCUCAACAAUCAGCGUCGCUCGGGGCAGUAUUGUGAUUUAGUAAUCGAAUUGGAGGUAGACACGGCAGCCGAUGAUAGCAUUGCGCAAUUUGGCCACUUUUGUGUUGUGGGCGCACAAAGUCGUUUCAUUGGCGGCCCACAAUUCAUACAAAAGUCACUACAAUUUUCCAUACACAACCCAUUGAAGGUGACUAUAAAUAACUUUAGUUGCACACAAUGUCUACAUACCAUGAUGGAGUUCUUCUACGAAGAUGUGGUGUCUAUAGCAAAAGAACACGAACCGCAUUUCAAGCAGCUGGCUAGAAUUCUAGCUGUAACAGAGUUGAUGAAUUUGUUUGGAUUGACAGAGGAACUAGUACCAACGGCCGAUGCGAGUGCUGAAAAGAUUGCAAAGCAUGAAAGUGUAAAAAUUAUUGAUCAAGAUGCAAUUGUAGAGGGCGACAACGCAAAUAUGCGGUCAACGGCGGAGAAAGAAGGCGAUGUAAAUUUAGGCAAUAAGGAUAUAUUUAAUGAUCAGCGUAACUUUUUUAAAUUACGGAACCCUCGUUCUUCCUGCUCCAGCAGCAAAAUCAACUACUGCAUUGGCUGCGAUUUCAAGUGUUACCGUGUACAGGAGAUGAUUGCGCAUAUGAGUAGCUGCGAACCUUCCCAUCUCACCUGUUCGUUGUGCGAGGUGGGAUUUCUUGCAUGGCGGGAGUAUGAGACGCAUAUAAAGCAGCACGUAAGCGAUUUGAAAAAGCCCUUCUUUUGCUUGGAGUGUGGUGCACGUUUUUUCAAUCGUGCCGCGCUAGCAAUACAUCUGCCCAAACACACAACCGAAACACCGCAUCAAUGUCAACAUUGCGGUAAAGGUUUCAAAUGGAAACAAGGACUGAACAGUCAUAUGUUGGUACAUAACAAGGAGAAGCAAAUGCUUUGCGACGUAUGCGGCUAUAGCACCACGCAUAUGAAAGCACUCAAGUCACACAAAUUGCAACAUACCGGCGAAUACUUCAAGUGUCCCUAUCCUGAGUGCAAGCACCACGCGAAUCGUAAAGAGAACCUACGUUUGCACAUGGAAACACACAAGCAGGAGCGUCCUUUUGUAUGUGAGGUUUGUGGUUGCAAAUUUAGUCAAAAUAAAAAUCUGAAGCGACAUGCACUCAAACAUUCAACAGAUGAGCUAAAUAAAUAUAAAUGCCAAUUAUGUUCGUUUAGUAGUCAUCGUUCGGAUAAACUAAAGGAGCAUGUGCAACGAGUGCAUACGGAAAAGGUGGUGCAGCUGGAACUGCCGGAAAUAGUUGAUAAUGCUUUUGAGACCAACGCAUGCGAUGAAUUCAAUUUGCCACCGUUAGAUGUGGUUGAUGUGAGCGCAGAGACGAUCGCAAAAUCCGAGACAGAAACCAGCAGCGAGGGCGGUAAAAAAAUGUGCAAAAGAAAAAAGGCUGCAAUAUUGACGAAGAAGAGACGUAUUGUGCCUAUCGCACCCAAACCAGAAGCUGAUGCAUCGGAAAGUUUAAAUCAUCUUUAAGAAUAGCGCAUAAAAUAUAAUAAAAUUAAUAUGUAAUUGCUUAAAUUACUUAAUGUCUUUGAAUAAUUUAAUAACAGAGAACAGAGGACUCACCUGCGGGUAACUUUAUAGAAGCUUUGCAUUUUACCAAAGUGGUAUAAAUAUUUUAACACUUCGUGGGGAAAUUAUUUUCACACAUUUGCCCUUUAUCGGAAGGCACUUUAUUUAUAUAUUCCAACACCACUAACAGCCUUGCGAAUAUAUAUGCAUACAUAUGUAUGUGCAUAUUUAGCUCAUACAAAUGCAAAAUACAUAUUAAAAUACACCAAUUAGCUUCCCUUAAAUCUAUAGCUUAUAUUUGCCUACGUAUUUUCACAUUUUCGCGAUACACUUUAUUUAUUCAUUAUCAUACCAUACAACUGCACCCGGAUAUAGUUUAUAUUGGUAAAUGCAUACGAAUUUUCAAGUUAAUUUUCACCACACACUUCCGCUAUCAGAUAAUGAGCCUAACAUCUUUUGUAGCUACUCACGCACAUAUGUACGUACAUUUGGCUCAUAACUUUAUGCACUUACAUAAUUAAAAUUAUUUUAUAUAUCUUUCUUUUUAAUAUAUUCACUACACUACGAAUUUAUGCCGAAGCUUCGUUUCCGCGCGCGUUUUUGAGAUUUUUCUCGCUAAGGAAGUGCGAUAUUUUUAUCGAUAAAUUUGUCACAGGGUGAUCAGAACGACUCUAUGUAUAUCCAGAAACAUUUGCAGGCAUUAUACCGGAUCGAU